CAGGGGGAUUUGGGGACUGUCCGCUGUGGUUUUUUAUCCAGGAGACCACAUUUCAGGUUCAGUUCGUUUGUUAGGACACGUUUAGAGGAUCCUGGAGCCAAAGGUUUAAAGAAGAAGUUUUACUACAGGAAGAGCUGCUGCUGUAAAAAUGGCUGAGGGGAGAAAGAGGAAGAAAAUGGGCUCUUCUUCAUCCCGCUCUUCCUCUUCAUCGUCCAAAGAUCCACUCAGCUCCCCCAGUGAGCUGCCACACAGUUCCCUGGGGAGUGUAUCUGGCUCUGGAGGUCCCUCAUGUGAAUCUUUGAAGAGUGAUGGUUCCAUGAGUCACCCACUCAGCUUUAGGAAGUCACCAAGUUUGUGGAGGAGUGUAUCUGAGUCUGAAAGUCCCACAUGUGAAUCUUUGAAGAGUGAUGAUUCCAUGGGUCACCCACUCAGCUUUAGGAAGUCACCAAGUUUACAGUUUAGAGGAACUGAACCUGGAGCUUCCACCACCGAGUCUAUGAUGAGUGAUUCACCACAGCAUCAGCCAGAUAACUUAGAUAUUAAAAAGAUCCAAAGCCACCCAACAAGAUGUUCAGCAUGUGAAGAAGUGAGAGAGACAACCCAGCUCACCAGUGGACACUGGACAUGCCAAGAGUGUGUAGGAUCAGACUGGGACCAGUCUGCUUCACCACCAGGCUGUUCCUGUCCAAAGUGUGGAAAGAAACCUAAAAUGAAAUCUGGUGAUGAUCAUCAUUUAAAAACAAAGAAGAAUCAUAAAGAAGCAAUGCAGAAGAAGCUUAGGUUGACAUCUGAAGGUAAUGGAGACCAACAUAGUCCCCUGAGAAGCAUCUACACAACUCUCUACACCAUUAAAGGAGAGAGUGAAGAGUUAUCUAGAGAACACGAGCUCAGACACCUUAAAAUUAGAUUAGAAAAACAGACAUCGUUUAACACCUCAGUCAACCUCAGUGACAUCUUUAAAUCAUCACUGAACCAAGAGAAACCCUCCCGGACGGUCUUGACGAAGGGAGUUGCAGGCAUUGGAAAAUCUUUCUGUGUACAGAAGUUCAUUCUUGACUGGGCUGAGGACGAGGAAAACCAGGAUGUUGACUUUGUUUUCUGCUUUGCUCUCCGAGAGUUGAAUUUGAUUUCAACUAAGAAAAGCCUGCACAAGCUGCUGACUGAGUUCCACCCUGCUGUCAGCCACCUGAAAGAGUCAGAAGAUUUAUUGAAAAGCAAGACUAUAGUGAUCUUAGAUGGCCUGGAUGAAAGCAGACUUCAGCUAGACUUUGAAAACGUUAAGAAAGUAACGUCCCUCAAGGACGUAACAUCUGUGGGUAAUCUCCUUGUAAACCUCAUUCAGGGUAACCUUCUUCCUGAUGCUUAUCUCUGGAUAACUUCCCGUCCAGCAGCAGCCAGUCAGAUCCCUGCAGAGUAUGUCCACAUGGUAACAGAGAUAAGAGGGUUCACUGAGCCACAAAAAGUGGAAUAUUUUAAAAAGAGAUUUAGUCGUGACUUGAAUCUUUGUGAGAGAAUCGUGUCACAUAUUCAGUCUUCACAGAGUCUUGACAUCAUGUGCCAGAUCCCGAUCUUCUGCUGGAUUUCUGCCGUCUUAUUUCAGGAGGUUUUUGGAGAAGAAGAAACUGAGAUUCCUCAAACUCUGACAGAGAUGAUGGCACAUUUCCUGUUUGCUCAGACUAAACGCAGAAGCAGAAAAUAUGACAAGAAGAUUGAGAAGAAGAAAGAGAAACUCUUGGAGACACACAGAGAAUUUCUUCUGAAACUUGGCAAGCUUGCUUUUGUCCAUCUUCAGGAAAAUAAUCUCAUCUUCUAUGAAGAAGACCUGGAAGGCUGUAGUAUUAACACUGAAGAAGCAUUGGUCUACUCUGGAUUUUUCAACACAGUUCUUAGGGAAGAAGAAGUUUUCUCCAAGAAAAGAGUUUUCUUCUUUGUGCAUCUGACUGUUCAGGAGUUCUUUGCAGCUCUUUAUGUUUAUGAAUGUUUCACAACCAAGAACUAUGUAGGUCUCAGCAGGUUCCUUAAUCUAAAGGAUGAAGAACAUGCUUUACUUGAUCUUCUUAAGAUGACAGUUAACAAAGUGUUGGAGAAGAAGAAUGGACACUUGGACUUUUUCCUGCGAUUCCUCCUUGGCCUGAUGGUUGAAGCCAACCAGAGAGUCCUUAAGGGUCUGUUGACUCCAUUGGACCCAAACCAAGAAGUAGACAAGAAAAUCUUGAAUUACCUCAGAUCCAUUCAGAGGAAAACCUUGUCCCCAGACAGCUGCAUUAACAUUUUCCAGACCAUGGUGGAGAUGAGGGACCACAAAGUCAAAGAUGAGAUUCAGGAAUAUCUCAAACUAUCAGAUCGUUCGAAAACAGAGUUGACCCCCCUUCACUGCUCUGCGCUGGCCUACAUGCUGCAGAUCUCAAAGGAUGAACUAGAUGAGCUGGACUUGAAGAGUUACAACACAUCAGAGGAAGGCCGGAGGAGGCUGAUACCAGCUGUGAGGUGCAGCAGGAAAGCUGUGUUAAAGGACUGCAAAGUGACUGAAGAGUGGGUUAAUCACCUGGCCUUUGGUCUCAAGUUCCCAUUCUCAUGUCUACAAGAUCUGGACCUGAGUAACAACGACCUGAGAGAUUCAGGAGUGAAGCUUCUGUGUGAUGGCCUGUCAAAUCGGUGCUGCAGACUCCAGAUCCUGAGGCUGUCUGGGUGUAUGGUGACAGAGGAAGGCUGUACUCAUCUGGUCUCGGCUCUGCGGUCCAACCCCUCCCAUCUGACAGAGCUGGACCUGAGCUACAACCAUCCAGGGGAAUCAGGAGAAAAGAUGCUGUCUGAGCUCAGAGAAAAUCACCAAUACAAACUCAACAUACUCCAUUUUAAAUGUGGUGGAAGUCAUCGAUUGAAACCAGGAUUCAAAAAAUAUGCCUGUCGGGUCACUUUGGACCCCAACACAGCACACAAGAACCUGCUUCUCUCAGACGGGAACAGAAAGGUGACCUGGGUGGAAGACGAGCAGCCAUAUCCUCGUCACGUGGAAAGAUUCGAUCUCUGUCGUCAGGUGUUGUGUGAGCAGGGCCUUAAAGAGAGAUGCUACUUUGAGGUGGAGCAGGGGGAACCCUUCAGCAUCGGGUUAACAUACAGAAGCAUUGUCAGAAAGGGGGAGUCUGAUGACUGCAAGCUGGGGCACAAUGACAAGUCUUGGUGUCUGAGUUGCUCUAAGGAGGGUUGUUAUGUUCAGCAUGGUGAUCAGAAGAUCUGUGUCACAUCUUUAGGUGCACGCACCAGGCGUGUUGGAGUGUAUUUGGAUUGGGAGGCUGGUGUUCUGUCCUUCUACAAAGUUUCCUCUGACAGUCUCAUCCAGCUUCACACCUUCAAUGCAAACUUCAGCGAGCCUCUCUAUCCAGCUGCUGAACUCCACCCUCAUACAUCUGCUGUGUUCAGUUAGCUGAUGUAAGUUCAUUUGAACAGAUAAAGAUUUGCAGAUUCAGACACAUCAGAUGAAGAUUGUUCAACAGUUGUUCACUCAUCUGAAUGUAGGAGCUUUUUGUCUGCGUAGUGAGCUCAGAUUUUAUACUCUUAUAAAAAUGGCCAGCCUGUUGCUGGGCAGAGAAAACAAAGGACAGUUGUAGAUUUUUUCUGUAUUUUCCCAGAGCAGUCUUUCCUUGGAUGCAGAUGUUUUCAUCUUCUAUGACAAGUCUGACCUUGGGCAGCAGACAGUGAGGCACAACUGAGUCGACUAAUGAACGUGUUGCUUUUGUGCUUUUACUUUACAAAAUAUUUCAUGUUUGAGUUUACUCAUAUUUCCAGAUUUCUGUACGUUUUUAUUUGUAACAUUUGUGAGAACGACAUAUUUGUUUUUAUAGUAGCUUUAUAUAUUUUCUACAGAAGACAAGUUUCAGAGUAUUGUUAGGAAAGACUUGUGGAAAAGCAGCCCAGGUCAAAAUAAUGAAGAGUAAAGGCAUUACAAGCCAAAAUUCAGAUAACUUUUCGGAAAUCUAGUCAGAAGUUUCAGAAAAUUUUCAGAAACUUUGGAUCAUCUUUACCAAAAAGGGCUAAAAAAACAAAAAACAAAACCCAAAAUACAUUUAUUUUAUUAUUAUUAUUUUUAAUCAAAGUAAGAGCUGUAAUAUGAUCAAUAUGAGAUAGAUUAUUUGUACUGUGAGUUUGGUAGCACUACAACAUGUCAUAUUGUAGUUAUUGAAUAUUUUCCUUUAAUAUUUUUACAGUGUUACAGUUUGCAGACGGUCCCUGCCCAGUCUGCACCAGCAGGCUCUGCAUAGGGUUCAUGCAAGUCUCCCAACUCGUUAUGAUGAAAAUACGAUUGUAGCUUGCAGUCUACGUUACUGUGACUGUGGUGUUGUGUCGGUUUUGUAGAAAAAUGUUCCGUUGAUGAGUUAUUAACUCAUGAAAGCCGAAUCUGUGAAUAUCUUUCUAACUUUACCGAAGUGUUAAAAUCUUCUGCAGGUGAAAAUUGGACUUAAAAUUACACAUUUUAUCCACACGGUCUUACAUGGGCUAUGUUUUUCUGUCAUUUUAAAUUCAGUUCACGUGAGUCAAAGUUUUAUUUACAGCAGAAAAUUUUGACAUACAUUUGCGCUCGUUCUCACAUUGUAUUCUACAAGUUUUCACAUCAAAUCUACAAGUUUGUGAAUGUUGGCACAUUUUCACCUUCAUAGCACAUAAACUGCAGGUGGUCUGAACAGUUAAUGCUGGAAAUACAAAGCAGCUGUCAUGGAGCCAGGACCCGAGACCAGGACCAUGAGGAAGAAGACAGAUGGAAGAAGGAACCAGGACUAAAACAACUGAACGUGCUGCAAAAACAGGACGUUUUAUGCAUGCACAAAAAAAAAAAAAAAAAAAAGCGAAAUUCAGUGUCGGGUAGAAAAGCAGAGAAAGAAAAACCUACUGAUUAUACAGGUCGACAAAAACUUCGCUGUUAAACCUUUUGGAGUCAAAUAUCCUCAAACGGUCAUAGAUUUUUUUAAAGCAGAUAAACAUAC